AUGAGUGCUAGAUUUCUUGAUCUGGUGAAGCCUUUCACCCCAUUUCUUCCUGAGGUUGCAGCUCCAGAGCGCAAGGUCCCCUUCAAUCAAAAGUUAAUAUGGACAGUCGUCACUCUGCUGAUAUUCCUCGUCAUGAGUGAGAUCCCUCUUUACGGCAUUGUCUCUUCAGAUUCCAGUGAUCCCCUUUACUGGCUCAGAAUGAUGCUUGCCUCUAACAGAGGUACCCUCAUGGAGCUCGGUAUCACCCCCAUUGUCUCUUCAAGCAUGAUUUUCCAACUGCUUGUUGGUACCCACAUUCUCGAUGUCAAUAUGGAAAACAAGAAUGACAGAGAAUUGUUCCAGACUUCCCAGAAACUUCUUGCUAUCAUUAUUUCUCUUGGUCAGGCUACUGUUUACGUCGCUACCGGCAUGUAUGGCCCUCCCAGCGAACUUGGUUUUGGUGUUUGCGCUCUCUUGAUUCUUCAACUUGUUUUUGCUGGUCUCGUUGCCAUUCUUCUUGACGAGUUGUUGCAAAAGGGCUACGGUCUUGGUUCCGGUAUUUCUCUCUUUGUCGCCACCAAUAUUUGCGAGCAAAUCACUUGGAAAGCUUUCUCCCCCACCGUUGUCAACUCUGGUCGUGGUUACGAGUUUGAGGGUGCUGUUGUUGCCUUUGUCCACCUCUUGGCUACCAGAAAAAACAAGAAGCAGGCUCUCAUUGAGGCUUUCUUCAGAGCUGACCACCCCAACAUGUCCCAGCUCAUUACCACCAUUGGUAUGUUCCUUGCCGUUGUUUACCUUCAGGGUUUCCGUGUCGAGAUCCCCAUCAAGUCCACUAAGGCUCGCGGCCCCCACGGUUCUUUCCCAAUCAAGCUUUUCUACACCUCCAACACCCCCAUCAUGCUCCAGUCUGCCCUUACUUCCAACAUCUUUAUCAUUUCUCAGAUGCUUUACAACAAGUUCUCUGACAAUAUUUUCAUUCGUCUUCUUGGUACUUGGGAGGCCCGCCCUGGUAGCUCCCAGCUUUUUGCCAGCUCCGGUAUCGCUUACUAUAUGCAGCCCCCUCUCAACCUUACUGAUGCCAUUUUGGACCCUAUUAAGACUGUGAUCUACAUUGCUUUUGUUCUUGGUUUCUGUGCCGUCUUCAGUACCACCUGGAUUGAGAUUUCUGGCACUAGCCCUCGCGAUAUUGCUCGUCAAUUCAAGGAUCAGGGCAUUGUCAUUGCCGGCCGCCGUGAGACUUCUGUUUACCGUGAACUCAAGAAGAUUAUCCCUACCGCUGCUGCUCUUGGUGGUGCCACCAUUGGUCUUCUCUCAGUCUGCAGUGAUUUACUGGGAACUCUUGGAAGCGGCACUGGUAUUCUUCUUGCCGUCACCACCAUUUACGGCUACAUUGAGACUGCCAACCGUGAAGGUAGCGGUUCUCUUGAUCUCAAAUGGCUUUCUUAA